GUUUUGGACUCACCUGAUGCAGGUCGGAGGCUUCAGACCUCCGGGGGAUCUGCGCAGCGACCUAAUGGUCGAGUUGAAGCCGCGAUUAAUCGAUUGUUUUGUUCGGGGGGGUCGCCGAGGAGCCUGCGGGAGGUGUGCCUGCGUAAAUACGCGCAGCGGUGAAGGGAGGAGGAGGCGGAGAGAGGAGAGAUUCUUCAGUGAGAACGAGCUUGAUGAUCAAACCUGUUGGUUCUGCAGGAUUGUGUCUCCGAACAGAGAAUCAAGGAGCGAGAUUACUCCCAAUCCUUUGCCUUUUUUCUUCUUGUUAUUUAUUUUUUUUAAAUAAACGCUUCCUUGGAGCUUCGCCCGUGGGUUCGGACGCGCCACUGGUUCCGGACACGAAGAACAGCUUUGGAAAUGGGUUGACUUGGACCACCUUGACAAGCCAAGAAGGAUUUGUGUCUGAACAGGUUGGGUUUUAACAAGAGAGACUCGUCUCCUCUGAAGCUACAGCAGACUGUGAGGUACGGCAUUCACAAGUGUUUCACAACAAGUCACAGUGAGGCACAGGGAUUUUACAUUCACCUUGAAUUAAAAAAAAACUUAAUUAUGAAAAUGCAAAGAAGCCUUGCAGCGAUUAAACUCUGGUAGUUUUUUUAUUGAAAGACUUUUUCCUUUUCCCACUGAUGGCUCCAUUACUUGGGUGCAAAUCAAACUGAAGAGCUUCGGCCGACGAGAACUUGUUGCCUUGAACAAAUGGUUUUGUCUGGAGCUAUAAAACCCUCUGCCAUAAAGACUUCCUCUUGCAUUAUCGGGGCAAAAGAGACGGGCAUUUUUCUUUAACCAGUCUUGUUUCGAGUCUGGUGCUAUCUCUCUUCUUUUCCUUUUUGUUUGUUUCCAUGCUCUGUUUUUUACUUUGCAGUUUUUGAUGGAUAUGCAUCUUCCUCAGGCAUCUUUUUCCUUUUUUUUUUUGCCAACGGUUUUUAAGGAUAAAGCCAAACAUUUGACAAAAGUAGCUAAUUAAAAGGAAGCAGCAAUAGAGACACGAGGCUUGAAGAGGCAGGAAUAGAAGAAACAGAAGGGCAGAUGGUAUCCCUGCUCGAAAAAACCCCCCAAAAAAACAAACAAAAAAACGGAUGUAUUAAAUAUUUGAACAGACAGGAAGUCGUGACAUCUGGCUGAGAAGUGGGAUUCUCCUUCUUUUCUUAUUCUGCUCACUCGCCACGACUCCUCYGCCCGUCCCACGUUCUGUUCCCCCGGUGGGUGCCGGAGGUCAGCUGGUCACUCAAGCCUGAUAAAAACAAGCUUGUGCUUUUCAGCUUUGCCGUGACCCUCGCUCCCUCGCCCCAUCCCGCUCCUGUCCUCCCUGCUGCCCGCCGUGUCAUGGUGCGUCCUCUCCUCUCGGCCCCGGAGACAUGCCUGUGCAGGAGAUGGCGGUGAGUCCUGUCAAGUCCCUGCGCUGGGAGCAGUUCCCCCCCAUGUCGCAGCGCCGCGUCUACUGCGCGCCCGUCCACCACGAGGGCCUGAUCUACGUGCUGGGGGGCUGCAGCGAGACCGGCGUGCCCCUGGACAGCGUGGAAGUCCUGGACGUGGAGAGCCAGARGUGGAGCCAGCUGCCGCCCUUACCCACCGCACGAGCGGGGGCUUCGGCUGUGGCGCUGGGGGGCCAGGUGAUGGUGCUGGGGGGCAUGAAUCAGCAGCAGACACCCCUGGCCUCUGUGGAAAUGUACCACCCUGACGAGGGCAAAUGGGAGACUAAAGGCAGUUUAGGGCAGCCGUCCAUGGGAGUGACAACAGUGGAGAAAGAUGGGAAGGUGUAUGCCCUGGGCGGUAUGGGGGCCGACACGACGCCUCAGGCUUUUGUGCGAGUUUACGUUGCAGAGAGGGACCAGUGGCAACUGGUGACCUCCAUGCCUACGCCGCGCUACGGAGCAACGCCGUUCGUGAUGGGAAACAGAAUCUACAUGAUGGGUGGUCGUCAGGGGAAGAUGCCAGUGACGGCGUUGGAGGCUUUUGACCUGGAGACGAAGAGCUGGACACGUUUCCCCUGCAUCCCCAGUCGGAGGGCCUUCUCGUGCUGCGCUUCCAACGAGCGGAGCCUCUUCAGCCUGGGGGGGCUCCAGCAGCCGGGGCCUCAUAACUUCUACUCUAGACCUCACUUUGUCAGCACCACUGAGGAGUAUGAUCUGGAUCAAGGUAUUUGGAUCAAACCCACUCGAACGUCCAGGAUGAGAGAGAAACGGGCCGACUUUGUAGCUGGAUGCCUGGGAGGACGGGUCAUCGUAGCCGGGGGUUUAGGGAACGAGCCGUCACCUCUGGGCUCGGUGGAGAGCUACAACCCAGGGAAGCGACGCUGGGAGUACGCGGCGCCCAUGCCCACGGCGCGCUGCUCCUCUGCCCUGCUGCAGACCYCCAGCAUGCUGUUUGUGAUCGGGGGCGUUGCCCAGGGACCCAGUAACGCCGUGGAAGCCCUCUGCCUGGAGGAAACAGUGUGACCCAUGCACACAGACACAAACACACAGGCGCGGGAAUAAACGCAACCUGGCGUUGAUAUUUUCUUCACGGAUGAGUGAAAACUCAACYUAAACCUGAGUCGAAGCCACAGGUUGCGCGGAAAUAAUCUUACCUUGAUGCUCAACUGAUGGAUUCCUCUUUUACGCUGACUUUUUUAGCCAUUUAACAAGAGAACGUUAGUGAAGGAGCUGAACAAAUACAAGAUUAAGGACAUUUUAGGGGAUUUUUUGUGACRGGCAAGGACAGAAAACUGAGCUUUUUUCCUUCUCUCUGGAGAAAUCAGAAGACAACAAUGAGCAAAAAAAACAGACACGCUGACUCUGUGUCUGACGACACACAAUGGCUUUGAACUGUUGAGCAUUUUUUCAGAAUAAAAGCAGGGUUUUUUUCUGGAUAAUAAAGGAACUUAGGGCCAUAAUUGAGUCUCCUCUUUGCAGCAGCGUCGUUCUUCUGCAGCGGCACAACCAUCCGACUCUUUUCUAUCAUGUUUUUUUGUUUUGUUUUGACAUUGUGCUGAGAACGUCUGUUGUGACUUUUUUUUAAAAGAGUGUWGCAAAUGUGAGCACCACAAUCACAGCAUCAAUAACAGCCGUCCGUUACCUUGAGUUCUCACAAGUCGAGCAGCUGCCAGUCAGAAACCCAGCAGUGACUGACCGUGGCCACAGUCACUGUUUUCCUGAUUGAGGAAAAGAUUGACAGCGCUUGAACUUGUCGGCACUUUGCUUCGCCACUCGUCUCCCCGUCCACGCAUCGCAGCAAUCAAUCACUGAGCUCAAACCGCUGCUCACGCUGUAGCCCAGGGAGGGUUUCACUCGUUCACCUACCUGCUGCACUGAAGCAUCCGGAUCAAUCAGCUUCCUGUCGCCUGAUGAGUGUGUUCCCCCGAGUCAACGCUGCUCAGUUUAUUAUUAAACUUAACUUAAACCUACCCUGAUCUGUUUUACCUGAGCAAACUCGUUUAUUUCUGUUUGAGUUGAAGUUAUUGAAUGAAAAAUAUCGUAGCAUGAAAAGGGUUUUAGCACAGCUGCAAAUGGGAUACUUAAGAAAAAGGAACAUUUUAUUUACAUUUUAUAGAGUUUUCCCCAAACAUCUUUUGCUCUUUUUCUGAAAUUGGAUUUUCUCGUCCUCCUUGGUCAGGGGUCUGCAACUUCUACGAUCAAAAGAGCUGGUUUUAUCUGAAAAUGUGACCCUAGUUUCUCUUAUUUGUCCUGUAGACAUUUAGAGAUGUAGCUUUAGUUAAGGCCCUGUCACAUUAUGAUGUUUUAGACAAUUUAUGCCAACUUAUGAAAUGUUU